AUGCCUCUCUCAGAUGGGAGCAAUGAUGUGCCUUCCGUGUUGGUUGGUGGUACUGUUAAGAUGGGCAAUAUACAAGACACUGUUGGAUCUAUAUGGAGGUGGUCGAAGGAAGCUUUUGGCUGCUCCUGCUUGGGUGAUUCGGAGGCUCGUCCUGCGUCGUACGCUCCCCCCCUCCCUACCCCGGUCCCCUCUUUCCCCCUCCCUUCUGUCGCCUCUCCCCCCGCCCUUGGUAGCCACCGGGACCCAGUGAAGCUGACGAGGCCCCAGGGAAGGUUUUUUUCCCCCCCACCUUGUCAAUUUAUUAUUCUUUUGAAGAUUCUUCGUUGUCAAGCCGCCAAAGUGGAGAGUGCGAUUGCAGAAGGGGGUGCUUCUCGUUUCAGUGCUUCUUCAGGCGGAGGAGGUAGUAGGGGUGCACCUCAGCACUAUCCCAAGACUGCCAGCAACAGCGAGUUCCUGGGGAAAACCCCAGGGCAAAACGCUCAGAAAUGGAUUCCUUCACGAAGCACUAGACGAGAUGACGACUCCGCAAAUGACAAAGAACGACAUGAUGCAAUCUUCAGGAAAGUAAGAGGCAUACUAAAUAAACUUACUCCUGAAAAGUUUGACAAGCUAUGCCUUGAGCUCCUCAAUGUGGGUGUAGAGUCUAAGCUCAUUCUAAAAGGGAUCAUACUACUGAUCGUAGACAAAGCCCUUGAAGAGCCGAAGUAUAGCUCCCUGUAUGCUCAACUAUGUCUGCGGCUUGCAGAAGAUGCACCCAACUUUGAUGGCCCAUCAGCAGAGUGUCAUCCAGGACAGAAGCAAAGCACAACAUUCAGACGCCUCCUAAUUUCUAAACUUCAAGAUGAAUUUGAAAAUCGCACCAGAAAUGUUGAUAUCUAUGAUAAGCGUGAUGGCCCCCUCCUCCCGGAGGAGGAGGAACAGAGAGCUAUUGCCAAGAUCAAGAUGCUGGGGAACAUCAAAUUCAUUGGAGAACUUGGCAAGCUUGAUCUUAUUCAUGAAUCUAUCCUUCAUAAGUGCAUCAAAACACUUUUGGAAAAGAAGAAGAGAGUCCAACUCAAGGAUAUGGGGGAGGAUUUGGAGUGCCUCUGUCAGAUAAUGAGGACAGUGGGACCUAGACUAGACCAUGCAAAAGCCAAGUCCUUAAUGGAUCAGUACUUUGCCCGUAUGCGCUCCUUGAUGUUAAGUAAGGAAUUGCCAGCAAGGAUUCGUUUCCUGCUGCAGGAUACUGUGGAGUUGAGAGAACACAACUGGGUUCCUCGCAAAGCUUUUCUUGACAAUGGACCAAAGACUAUCAAUCAAAUCCGUCAAGAUGCAGUAAAAGAUCUGGGAGUCUUUAUUCCUGCUCCUAUGGCUCAAGGGAUGAGAAGUGACUUCUUUCUGGAGGGACCGUUUAUGCCACCCAGGAUGAAACUUGACAGGGACCCACUUGGAGGGCUUGCUGAUAUGUUUGGACAGAUGCCAGGUAGCGGAAUUGGUACUGGUCCAGGAGUUAUUCAGGAUAGAUUUUCACCAACCAUGGGACGUCAUCGUUCAAAUCAACUUUUCAAUGGCCAUGGGGGACACCUCAUGCCUCCUGCCCAAUCCCAGUUUGGAGAUCUAGGGAAAUCUUUUUUGAAAAAUCAGGGGCAAAGCCAGCUCUACCAUAACCAGAAUCAGGGACUGUUAUCCCAGCAACAAGGACAGUCGAAGGAUAUGCCACCUCGGUUUUCUAAGAAAGGACAGCUUAAUGCAGAUGAGAUUAGCCUGAGACCUGCUCAAUCUUUUCUAAUGAAUAAGAACCAAGUGCCAAAGCUUCAGCCCCAAAUAACUAUGAUUCCUCCCAGUGCACAACCACCACGGACUCAGACACCACCUUUGGGACAGCCUCCUCAGCUUGGUCUCAAAACAAAUCCACCACUUAUUCAAGAGAAGCCUGCAAAGAUCAGUAAAAAGCCGCCACCUUCUAAGGAAGAAUUGCUUAAACUCACUGAAGCUGUUGUGACUGACUAUCUGAACAAUGGAAAUGCAAAUGAUGCUAUCAGUGGUGUGAGAGAAAUGAGGGCUCCAAAGCCCUUCAUACCUGAGAUGUUGAGCAAAGUAAUCAUUCAAUCCCUAGACCGAUCAGAUGAAGAUAAAGAGAAAGCAAGUGCUUUGAUCAGCUUACUCAAACAGGAAGGAAUAGCCACUAGUGACAACUUCAUGCAGGCAUUCCUGAAUGUAUUGGACCAGUGUCCCAAACUGGAGGUAGACAUCCCUUUGGUGAAAUCCUACUUAGCACAGUUUGCAGCCCGUGCCAUUAUUUCAGAACUGGUGAGCAUUUCAGAACUGGCUCAACCACUGGAGAGUGGCACCCAUUUCCCCCUCUUCUUGCUUUGCCUUCAGCAGUUAGCUAAGUUACAAGACCGAGAAUGGCUAACUGAACUCUUCCAACAAAGCAAAGUCAACAUGCAGAAGAUGUUGCCAGAAAUAGAUCAGAAUAAGGAUCGUAUGCUGGAGAUCUUGGAAGGGAAAGGACUGAGUUUCUUGUUCCCACUUCUGAAACUGGAGAAGGAACUGUUGAAGCAAAUAAAGUUGGAUCCAUCUCCUCAAGCCAUCUAUAAAUGGAUUAAAGACAACAUUUCACCCAAACUUCAUGUAGAUAAGGGAUUUGUGAAUAUUUUGAUGACAAGCUUCUUGCAGUAUUUCAAGUGAAGUGAGCCCUAAUGCGACCAGUUUCUCUGC